AUGCCUGCCAUCAUGCCUACCACCAUGCCCGCUUUGCUCGGCUCCUUUCCCCUCCCCUUCCAGAAGUUCCUCUGGAAGGUUAGGGAUUUGAUUAAGUCAGUGGUAAAACUGAGUGUUCAGGACAAGAUUUACCUCCUCGGCCGAGACGGCGAGGAGACUCGACGCCUCAAUGAUCAGCAUCGCUUCCUUGUAGCUGUCUCAGGCCACACGAUUCAUCCUUCUAUUCCCAAAGACAACAUCACUGCUAUCGCCGACCUAGGUACCGGCACUGGUGUCUGGCUCGAAGACGUCGCCAAAACCCUACCUCAAUCAGUCUAUCUGCAUGGCUUUGACAUUUCCGCGGCCCAAUUCCCGAUCCGAGAGGGACCAAUUGCACUGAGCGUGCACGAUGUGCUCUAUCCUUUCCCCGAGGAGCAUCAAUCCCGCUACGAUCUCGUCCACAUUCGACUUUUGACCGCAGGUCUAAAGAAGAAAGAUUAUGCUGUUGUUUUGGCCAAUGCACGAGCCCUACUGAAACCUAAUGGAUACAUACAAUGGGAAGAGCUGGACCACUCUGCGUUCUGCACAGACGCGGUCCCCGAAGCAGCCGUCGUCAACCAGAUGCGCCAGUCUGUCACCAAUGCCAUGCUGAGCCUAGAUCUGUGUCCUACUGCGCCGCAGCGAGUACACGAAGACAUCUUGGCUGGUGGGUUUGCGGAUGUUAUAACCGAAACUCACACUACUAAGGGCAAGGAUCAUCUGCGAGAUAUCUCACAGAGAUGGGUUGCCGGCGUUAUGAGGGCUUUGGUGACGCCUUCGAUGCUUGUCACUGGCGAGGCAAAGACGGAGUUCCAGGCGAGGGAGAAGGUCAAUGCCUUGGUUGCGAAGUUUGAUGAUCACUGCCAGCAUGCAAAGGCCAUGGUUAACCUGGGUGUCACUGUUGGCCGAAGGGUCUGA